AUGUUCCAACUUCUCUACUGGAAAGUAUUUAAUAUAUAUAUAUAAUUUUACGACAAAUAUAAUUUUGUAAAAGUACAAUACAAUUCAGAAUAUGUGAUCUUCGAAAAAUUAAACCUUCAAUUGAUACCAAAGUUACUGUAAUGUUUCUUUGAUUUUAUGGUUUGAUUCUAAGAUUUCUAGAUGAACAGUUGGACAUUUGAUACUGAUAAGCUUUCAGUAUUAAGUAUUAUAUUUUAAAUAAAUAAAAUGGUCGAAUAAAUAUCUGUAAGUUCAAGAUAUAAAUGAAGAAUUAUCAUAUGAGUUUACAGGCUAUAUGGUUAGUUCCGCCAUUUUGUAUUUGAUGAGGUAUUCAACGAACACGUGCAUCUGACGUUCAGAAGUGUCAGAGCGUUUACUUGAAAUGUGAUUCGGAAUUUAUGUAUAGUGUAACAGAAAAGAAUACAUAUUCAUUUAGAAAAUGGCGCGAAACGAAACAAUUAUGACAAAGAUACAAAAAGUGGAAGACACUUUGAAAGACUCCAUGUAUAAGGUUGAUGUCCUUGAAAAAAAACUUAGGACCAAAUUACUUACAAUAGAAAGUCGGGAACAACUAGAGACAAAGUUAGAAGAAAUCAAAGGGGUAUUAAAAAAAAAUGAAGAAAAACUGAAACAUUUAAGAAAGGAAAAUACGAAAUCAUUCAUGGUAGCAGGAAGCUUAGUUUUUAUAUGUUUCCUGCUUUAUGGAUUGUACCUGAUGAUUUAUGGAAAGAUAUAAUUUAAAAGUUUUACAUACCUGUAUAUUAAAGGGAAUACUAUAUUAA